GGGUUUGGCUUACGUGGAGGCCUGGUCUGGGCGGGCCCGGCCAUGGAGCAUCAGGUCCAGCGGCUUCGGCAGGCGUUCCGGUCCGGCCGAUCGCGGCCGCUGCGUUUCCGACUGCAGCAGCUCGAGGCCCUGCGGAGGAUGGUGCAGGAGCGCGAGAAGGACAUCUUGGCUGCCAUCGCGGCGGACCUGAGCAAGAGUGAACUCAACGCAUACAGUCAUGAAGUCAUUACCAUCCUUGGGGAGAUUGAGUUUAUGCUGGCAAAUCUUUCUGAACUGGCUUCUGCUAAGCCAGCUAAGAAGAACCUGCUUACCAUGCUGGAUGAGGCCUAUGUUCAGCCAGAGCCCCUGGGGGUCGUACUGAUUAUCGGAGCUUGGAACUACCCUUUUGUUCUUAUCAUGCAGCCACUGGUGGGAGCCAUUGCUGCAGGAAAUGCUGUGAUUGUUAAGCCUUCAGAACUAAGUGAAAACACAGCCAAGAUCUUGGCUAAACUCCUCCCGCAAUACUUAGACCAGGACCUGUAUGCGGUAGUUAAUGGCGGCGUUGCCGAGACCACAGAGCUCCUGAAGCAGCGCUUUGAUCACAUUCUCUACACAGGAAACACUGCGGUUGGAAAAAUUGUCAUGGAAGCUGCUGCCAAACACCUGACCCCUGUGACCCUGGAACUGGGGGGGAAAAGCCCGUGUUACAUUGACCGAGACUGUGACCUGGACGUCGCUUGCCGACGCAUAACCUGGGGAAAGUACAUGAAUUGUGGUCAGACCUGUAUUGCUCCAGACUACAUCCUCUGCGAAGCCUCCCUCCAGGAUCAGAUAGUGCAGAAGGUUAAGGAAACGGUGAAGGACUUUUAUGGGGAAAAUAUAAAAGAGUCUCCUGAUUAUGAAAGGAUCAUCAAUCUUCGUCACUUUAAGAGGUUACAAAGUUUGCUUGAAGGACAGAAAAUAGCUUUUGGCGGGGAGACUGAUGAGGCCACACGCUACAUAGCCCCAACCAUACUUACUGAUGUUGAUCCUAAUUCCAAGGUGAUGCAAGAAGAAAUUUUUGGACCAAUUCUUCCAAUAGUGUCUGUGAAAAAUGUAGAUGAAGCCAUUAAUUUCAUUAAUGAUCGUGAAAAGCCCCUGGCACUCUACGUAUUUUCUCAUAACAAUAAGCUCAUCAAACGGGUGAUUGAUGAGACAUCCAGUGGCGGAGUCACGGGCAAUGAUGUCAUCAUGCACUUCACUGUCAAUUCUUUGCCCUUUGGAGGUGUGGGCGCCAGUGGAAUGGGGGCUUAUCAUGGAAAAUACAGUUUUGAUACCUUUUCUCAUCAGCGCCCCUGUUUAUUAAAGGGGCUAAAGGGAGAAAGUGUUAACAAGCUCAGGUAUCCUCCCAACAGCCAGUCCAAGCUCGGUUGGGCAAAGUUCUUCCUGCUGAAACAGCUCGGCAGAAGAGAGGUACUGCUGCUGCUGUUCUCAGUCCUGGCCGUGGCUGCAGCUAUAUUAGUCAAGAAAUACCAAGGUCUGCCGAGGGGGAUUGCCCUGUUUUCUUCUCUGAUAGUUCACAGACUGCGCUGGUCCAGUAAACACUGAUAAUCAGAUCUCAGCUGUCUGUUGAGAGUGAGGAGUAUCUGUAAUGACUUCUUCGUAGCCUCUACUGAACUGUUCAUCUACUAAAUGGUUAACAAACCAGCACCUUUAAAAUCAUACCCAAGCCAGGAAAUUACAAGCAUACUGCAAUCAAGCCUAAGUUGUUACCACUUCCCACUAACGAAACUCACUGUUUGAGCCCGAUUCCAGCUAUGGUCAGCAGUGAAGGGCUGAAGGACUGUGCUGGGGUGAGAACAUGGCACUCUGAGUCCCAGCUCCCUGGGGAUGCGUCACGGAGACUCGGGGGCUGUUCCGUCCCUUCUCUGCUCCAGCUCACAGCACUUCCCACUCCUGCAGCUGCUGCUACCAGGUGUCAGUAAAGCUCUCAAGUGUCAGCACGGCCCAGGCUUACCAGCUGGCUGAACAGGUGAGGUCAGGUCUUCCCAGCUCCCGUUAGGGGUUAAGGCACUAAAACUGGGGAGUGGAUAUGUCCACCUCUCCAUUGUGACAAGACUCUGACCUUCAGGAAUCGGCUCUCCAUUUAAACAUCCUUUCUUGUUUGUUGCACAUUACCUGUGUGUUCGUGACAGUCUGUUGUGACUGCUGUCCACAGUGCCUUUUUGACGACUUAAACUACACCGAGCCUCUUGCCAAGAAGCAAUGCUUUCUUUGUGAAUACCAUUGAAAGCAUCUUGUAGUCACAGCUGUUCCAGAGGCUGAGGCUAGAAGAUCCCUGAGUCCAGGAGUUUGAGGCUAGCCUAGGCUACAUAGUGAGGACCUCCCCAUUCUCCAUAAAGACCCCUUGAGAUCCUAGAGUUGAAUGUCACAAAGAUCUGUGAGGAUAAAUCUUUUCUUGUUUUCCUAACACAAUGCAAGGAAAUUUCACAUUUUAAAUUAUAGAGAGAUCCCUUUCUGAAUAAAUUUAGCCUACAGAUCUUAAAUCGUAGGCUCCUGUCAUGAAAAGGGAGGUGUUAGGAUCUGAGGCUUCAGAACUCAUGGGGCAGAGACUGUGGGAGAGCGCUGUGAGCUGGUGGAACAUACCUAAAGGGAUGGGGUGGUAAGAGGAGCUCCUGCGCACGUGGGCCUUAUUCUCACUCAGAUCCCAAUGCCGCCGCCGAGCAGGGAAGUGGCAGAGGAGAUCUGUAUGGAGCUCAGCUCCCUGCUGCAGGGCCUGGCUGUGCCUGGAGCUCCAUGCAGCUGAACCCCACUGCUUUCCUGGGAUUCAGAUUGAAACUUGACCUACUCGGUGAGAAUGUAGCUUGCCUGAUUGAAUGUAUAGCCAUCUUUGCUGAAUAACCUGUUCCUUUGUUGAGGCUGUCUGAAGGCUGUUGUCUCUACUAAAGUAUGAGGCAUCAAGAACAAAUCAUUGGCCUAUUUAGUAAAUAGUUGCUUAAGGUGCAGUUGUCAUAAACUAAUCAUCAAAUGUUUUGCACAAAAUUUCAAUGUAGAAGUUGCACUUAUUAUAAUAUUAAAUUAUAAAUCAUAAUUUCUGUUUGGCUAGAAUACUUACACAUUAUACUGAUCUUCAAAAUAAAUAUAUUUUACAAAUUA